UUGUAAACAAAAAUAUGUUGUCAAGAAUAUUAUAUUUCCGUAAUUUUUGAUGUUUUUUACUUUAUGAUAUGAAUAAAUAACCAAUUGAAUGGGUGGUAAAAGUUUUUAUUGCGACUAUUGUUGUUGUUUUCUUAAGAAUGAUGUAAAUGUGCGCAAAACACACAACUCUGGAUUAACUCAUAAUAUGGCAAAAUUGCGUUAUAUGAGACGAUUCGAAGACCCUAGAAAAGUGCUGGAACAGGAAGAUAAUAAGGAGCCUUGCACUCGAUACUUAAACGGCAAAUAUUGCAAAUUUGAUUUGAUGUGUAACUCGACACAUUACAAUGAAGAACAGCUAGAGCAAUUGCGAAAAAUAGUGAAGCGUUCGGAAAAGGCUCAACGGUCUGGAGUAAAUGGCAAACUGAAAAAUGUUCAAAAAAUAAUGCUUCCAUGGUAUAGAUAUAAAGAAGGAAAUAAUAAAACAAUGAACAUAAGGCGCCUACCUGAAUCACUGAAACCUAUAAACUUUGACCGAAUUAAUGAUGAUUGCCUGACACUUGAAUGGGGGUAAAAAUGUCGAAAAAUACAUUUUGUCAAAUGGUUUAGAUAUUUGCAAAUUUUCAAUAAUAAAUUACUAUAACACAAAA